AUGGCGACGAACUAUAUGGCGAUCUUGAUCGACAUUACAGAUUCUAAUACGAUAUUUGCACAAGCUGAAUCUACGCCUCUCCUACUGACCAAGGCUGACCCCCGGGUCCAGGUUUUCCGGAACGGACAGUGGGGCUUCAUCUGUGGGCAUGGCUGGAACUCUAAAGACGCUAAGGUCAUCUGCAGGAUGCAAGGAUACUGGCAUGGGACUGGUUCAGCUCGGAUCAUCCCAUUGGCUGGCGGGGAGAAGUUCUGGCUCGACGACGUGGACUGCGCCGGCAACGAGACCGACAUUAUCGAGUGUAGCUUCCAAGGCUGGGGAUACCGUCAUGUCCAGCUGGGGGAGUGGCGGGAGUCAACUGUGAGGUGUCGGCGGAUACCGUCAUGUCCAGCUGGUGGAGUGGCGGGAGUCAACUGUGAGGUGUCGGCACAGCCCAAUGUCCGGCUGACCGAUGGGUUCGGACCAUGGGAAGGCCGUGUGGAGAUCUAUGAAAACAACAUGUGGCAGCCCGUGUGUACAACAGGCUGGGACGACAAAGACGCUCAAGUCAUCUGUAGAGAACUCGGCAUCAGGUCCCAGGGUGGGCUUGCACACAAUGAUGCUAAGUACGGUCGCAGUGCCAACCCUCCCAUCAUCACCAGCACCACCUGCGUGGGGACUGAGACAGACAUAUCCAUUUGUCCGGCCACGAGGGUCACUCCCGCGCAGACAUCGUGUGACCAAGCGGGCGUCGAGUGUUAUAAUUGUGGAAACCAGUACUCCAGUGAGGCGGGCACCCUGCAGUCUGACAACUACCCCCAGCCUUACCCUCGGAACGUCCACUGCCUCUAUAUCAUCCGUCCCACCAACACAGGCCAGCUGUACAAGUUGGAGUUCUCGGACUUCAAGACCGAGUCAUGCUGUGAUAUUGUACAUGUCGCCACACUCAACAGUUCCUCCAGCAUCCCCGUAGGUGGCUCCACCUAUAGUGGCAGCAGCAAGCCCCCCAUCCUCUCGGCAAGGCCUUUGUCGUCAGCUUCGACACCGACGGUUCCAACAACAUGGGCGGUUUCCAAGCCACGUGGAGCCCGGCGUUGGUGCAGGAUGUCGUCAACAUGUCGUGUGACGCGGGGACUUUCAAUAUCCAGAUUGACCUCACCUUCCUGAAGCGACUCUACCCAGCUUCCUCAGAGAGAACCAUCGCUCUGGCUGAUUCCUCCUGUACCGGCACCAUCAUCAACGACAACAUCGUCAUAAAAACAGACGCCGAUUCCUGCGGGACAAUUGUCAAGACAGAGACAGACAGACACGUCUACACCAACUUCCUCGUGGACAGAAUAUUCGCAACCGAGUCAAACAACAUCGUCAGAGGUGAGAGAUGGAAGAUUCCUAUCACGUGCUCCGUGCCUCGUUCUGAAUCCUUCUCCAUCCACUACCAUCCAUAGCCGGAUGUAGGCACGCGAAGACGAUCCGAAGUGGAACGCAUGAGCAGGGAAGUCAAAGGUCAUAUCCGGGUACAGCAGAAUUUCCCCACAAGCAUCAGUGUUUUCGAAGACCAGGCGAUGACUAUCAGACAGUUCACAGCUCCACAGAAGAGACUCGGGGAGGAUCUCUUUUUCAGGGUACAGCUGGAUCAGGCUGACUCGGACUUGAAGCUGGUGGUGACGUCAUGCUUUGCUCUACCGACAUAUCUUGAGACAACAGGCAGCACUAAGUACAUCCUCGCUCAGGAAGGCUGCGCAGUAGACAGUGGUACCCACAUCCUCAGGACAACCAAUCACCACACAGACUUUCAGAUGAAGGUGUUCAAAUUCGCUGGGAACUACAACACAGUGUACAUCACAUGUGACGUCAGAGUCUGUCCAGUCACGGA